GGAGGUUAGUAUAGUGGGCUGAGUCCAGCAGACCGGUUUCUAGUUGCCCUCUGGUACAACGUCGGCUGGUCACGCAGUACUCUGCUUCCCCAUUACCUUUUCUUCUUGGCUUUUUUCCCAUUCCAGUAGCUGACAGUACGUGACCCUUUCAAGAGAUGACAAAAGGCAGAUCAAAGCAAAACAUGGAGUGUUAUAUCUGUUUUGUUGUGUGAUGCCUCGCCAACGCCAUAUUUCUACUGUUUCUAUGCCUUUCAAGUAUACAUGGUGUUUCCUGGCAUCUCGAUAAAAUUAAUGAAGUAAGCAGUUAGUGGUAUCAGCCAUGGCAAUGAUGCAGGAGCAGCAAGCUGUGGGGCAGGAGAUGGAGGCUGAUAUGGGAGCUUCUGGACCAAUGCUAAUACAGACACUGGAGCAAAAUGGGAUCUCAGCUACAGAUGUCAAAAAACUUGAAGAGGCAGGUUUUUACACUGUGGAAUCUGUAGCAUUUGCUCCCAAAAAAGCCUUGCUUGGCAUCAAAGGAAUUAGUGAAGCAAAGGCAGACAAAAUUCUAAGUGAAGCCACAAAACUGGUCCCAAUGGGAUUUACCACAGCAACAGAGUUUCAUCAGAAACGUGCAGAUUUAGUGCAGUUGACAACUGGUUCCAAAGAACUUGAUAAAUUACUUGGAGGUGGAAUAGAGACUGGGUCCAUCACAGAAAUAUUUGGUGAAUUUCGAACUGGCAAAACCCAACUUUGCCAUACCCUUGCUGUUACCUGUCAGCUUCCUCUAGAAAUGGGUGGUGGUGAAGGAAAAUGUCUUUAUAUAGACACUGAAGGCACAUUCAGACCUGAACGUUUGGUGGCAACGGCUCAGAGAUACCAACUGCAGGAAUCAGAUGUUCUUGAUAAUGUGGCUUAUGCACGGGCAUACAACUCUGACCACCAGACACAGCUCUUAAUUCAAGCAGCUGCUAUGAUGGCAGAAUCAAGAUAUGCUCUCUGUAUAGUAGACAGUGCGAUGGCUCUCUACAGAACAGACUAUGCAGGAAGAGGAGAACUGUCUGCCAGACAGAUGCAUUUAGCUAGAUUUCUGAGGAUGCUCCUGAGACUAGCAGAUGAGUUUGGUGUGGCAGUGGUGAUAACCAACCAGGUGGUGGCUCAGGUGGAUGGGGCAGCCAUGUUUGCAGCUGAUCCCAAGAAGCCCAUAGGUGGCAACAUCAUGGCUCAUGCUUCAACCACCAGGUUGUACUUGAGGAAGGGAAGAGGAGAGACAAGGAUAUGCAAGAUUUAUGAUUCUCCUUGCCUCCCUGAAGCUGAAGCCAUGUUUGGAAUCUUUAGCUAUGGAGUUGGUGAUGUACAGGAUUGAAUUGAAGUUGUGAAGAUUUUGGCAAGAAAUCUUCCUGUACAGUCUGUUCAAAGAAGCUGUUUUGUACUGGAGUUUUAUUGGUUAUUUUAAAAUAUAUAUACUUUUUGUAGAUUUAAAAAAUGGUUAGGGAAGUACUAUUGAAAAGUGCCUAACUGAAAGAACUUUUUUCUAGCUUUGCAUAUUACUACUGAAUCUAAAAUCAACUUAACUAAUGAAACCUUAAAGUAUUUAAGUUUGAGAAUUAUUUAAUAACCAAAACUGGCAUAUUCACUAAUUCUGUUACAGAAGAAUGUGUGUGUCUCUUGUUCAGAUGUCAUCACACCAAGAUCUGGCCACCAUUAAUACCUUGGUUAGAUAUUGUCUUUUGAUAUGUCGUGGCACAUCUUGUGGCAUUGAAUGGUUGCUUUGCCUGCCUAAAGAGUAGGUUUAUGUGGGUCCAAUAUUAUAAUUAAGAACUAAGUGAAUAGCCCAGAUACAUUUUUAAACUAGGGGCAAUUCUGAAGUGAAAAGAUAUAAUUCAUAAAACUGAUGUAAUUGUUUAUAAGAUGACUUCAUAGUGGGUCGUAAGAUGAAUAUGUAUUUCAUAAGUUUUUGGGUUCGAUGUUUUUCAGCAUUAUAAAUAUGAGUAAUUUGUAAAGAUGAAAUAUUAUUGGGGAGGAAAGAAAUACUUAGAUUCCUGGACUUCUGUAGUGGAUUUGAUCUAGCUAUUAUAUUUUGGGGGGUUUGGGCUGUGGUAUCUUCAUCUAGAACAAAUUACUAUUGUAUCUUCUGGCAUCUCUGUAUUUCUAGAUAUGAUCUGUACUUGUGCAUAUAUAAAUAUAUGAUUGUGUAAAUAUGAAA